AUGGACUUGGAGGCUAUAAAAAUAUUGGAUAAAGAACAAUUGAUCAGAAUUAUUAGUCAGAGCGGCUACGUUGAUAUAGCAGAGAUUUUGGGUAAAUUGGAUCUAAAUGGAAACGAAUUACUGGAUGCCACAGAUUUUCAAGCCAUCAAAUGGAAAAUCACGUUACUACAAAGAAAACAACUACUCUUUUUCAUAAAGCAGCUGAAAAGCAAUCCUUUCAUAUUGAAUAAGAUAGCCCCUUCAGUAGCACCAAAACCUAAGUCUCAGCUAACAUUACCGCUGAAAAAAACAUUUCAACCACCGCCGCCUCAAUUUUCAUCAGACCAAAAAGAAACGAACAAAUCAAGAUUCCCGGAUAUAAAGACCAGCGUAGGCAGAAAUAAAGGUUUUGCAAACGAACUCGAAAAAGUAUUGGGUGGAACUAAUAAAACAGUUAAUAAACUACCUCCGUCAAUUUGUCCAUUGCUUGGUCAAGGUAAUGUAACAGUUAAACGAGAAAAACUACCGCUGCCGUUGCGCGAUGAGAAUCAUAGCAUAUCACAGCAAGAGCAAGAUGAAUUCUAUAUAAAUCUACCAGCACAGCCUAAACACGCCAAUCAUGGGUUUCCCAAUGAAAUCGUAGAGGACAUCAUAGAGGAUACAUACUAUAAUGUGAAAAACACUUUCGAGAACGGAAGUAAAUCUAGUUCAGGUAGAAACAUCGCACAACAUCAGAACUCUUCCCAACCUGGCGGAGACCCUGAUAUCUACGAACUACCACAACCACCACCACCACCACAAUCGAGAAUCGUUCUAAGCAAACAGAUAAAUAAGAGUACUUUCCCUAAACAAUGCAAAAUUGUCGAAGAAAAAUUCAACCAACCUCCUGCUCUGGAACCAGAAGACCUAUACGAGCCGCCACCACGUGUGAAUUUGCCAAAAAAUCCAGUUUCAUCAGUUAUUAGAUCUCUUUCUACAUCGAGCAAAAAAAAAUGGGAAUCCCCACAGGUACUGCCUGCUGUGCAGAGUCCAGAAGAAACAGAUGAAGAGGAUAAUUAUGAGGUGCCUAACGAACAUAACGUUCCAAGAAAAAUUUUUGAUCCACCUGUGGCUCCUACAAAACGUUCAAAUUUACGAUCCAAGUCGCCUAUGCAGAAUGAAGAAGAAGAUGAUUACGAACCGGCACCGACUUGUCUCGUUCCAGGCCUAUCGAGGUCUUCAGUUUCGCCAGUAGCUAACCGGAAGCCCAUACCCACACCCACUAGGAACUAUGAUAAUCCACCUUUGAGAAUAGAACUGAACAAGCAAAAAGGAACCAAUAAUUUGAGUCUUUUGCCACCGCAAAAGGAUAGACCGUCAAACACAAUUGAUUUUCCAUCUUCCAGUGAUCAAAUGAGAGCCAAUAACAUUCCUACUGCCCUCGAUAAUCCCGUCGGUAAAAAUAGGUUAGAAAUGAAUUACGAAAAUCAUGCGAUGAAAAGUGAAAAAUCCAGUUUCCGGAAAUUCAAGCCUAACUCCCUAGUGAAUAGGCCAUUACCGGAAAUCCCGAAAAUUUCAGAGCCCAAAGCUUCACCAAUAAAAGUACCAAUGGAUUACCGAUGGCAAACUUCUUCAUCUUCAACAAACAGUAAUCAUAGUAUAUUCGAAAAACCUGCCACAUAUGUGGAAUUGACCAAAAAUCAUAAUGUGAACUAUGAAAGCAAAUCAUAUGUCAUUGAUGAUGAUGACAACCAGAUUUACGAAAAUAACCAGCCAAAUGCUCUUAAUGAACCAGAUGAAGAACCCACAGAAUACGAAAAUCUGUCACCACUCAACAGUCCCCAACAUCAGAAAGUGGAAGGUCACAAUCAACAGAAACGAAAUGAACUUCCGAAAACCUCAAUUCAAGAUAGUUUAGUGCUCCAAUUAACUUCUGAGCUCUCUGCACUAAAAAAGAUACAGAAUCGGCCAAUAAUAGAUCUGGAAAAUAAUCAACCCGAGUAUCGUAAUACCUCUGUCCCUCCGAAGAGAAUUACCAAUCCAAGGAAUAAUACAAUGAGAGGUGAAGUUAAGACUCCACCGACAUCUACCAGCAGAAAGAAUCAUUUUCUAGAUGUGCCAGUCAGGAGCCCAAUUCCAUGUUUGCCCAAGCCACCUGUCCAUUUCAAUCCUGCCUCGUACAUAACCGAGCCAACUGAUGAUGAAGAUUUCGAAGAAAGUGAUGACGAGGGUGCUGGAAAUAUAUUUAAUAUCAACAAUGAGCCGUAUUUUCGAAAUACUGAUAGAAAAGGUGCAAAAUCAUUGCUGAGAACACUCGAAGACGGCGCAUUUCUUUUCAGACCCAGCCGACACUACUUUUUGGUGCUGACAAUCAAAACCAAUAACAAGUUUUAUAAUUUAGGGAUAGAACGAACGAAAAAUGAUAAAAUUAAAUUGAAUUCGGACACUGGAAGCGUACCCCCCGAAUUUUCAAACUUGAGAGAUUUUGUUGAUCACUUCACAAAUGAAGCAGUGACGUUCCAAGUUGGUAAUGAGUUGUUGGAAACUUAUUUAAAACCAGUUUUACCUCCAGAUCUGUUUUAG